AUGGUGCUCAGUGACAUACCAAAUUCACAUCAACUGGUUCCUAAAGUCCCUCAUCCUGCUCACAACAUCUACAAUGGCCAACUACUUCAGCCAGAAGCAGUAGAAGUUGAUGGUCCACAUACCACCACUUCUGCCUGUCAGGCAUGCUUGGAUGAAUUGUGGAAGCCCAGUGAUAAACUGUCACAGUACACCCUGGCAAAUGGGCUGUGGAUUGGGUGCAUUCCAUGGCAACUCCAAGUACUCACAUUCCCAGAACAGCUGUUGAUUGUGCAUCUGUACCCUCAUGUCUUUGUCUUCAAGCUGUUUCCAAAAUGUCAGGGAGGCACCUGCCAGGCAUCUGGUCUGCAAAAUGCUAUGCAUGGCAAUGUCAGCACUUGUGACAUGUCAAUGGAUGGGAUCUCUGCAAUGUUACGAGGGGACCUUAUGCCAAGAUGA